AUGGUUGUCCAUGCGGCAGCAAAGGAGGAGACAGGCUUCCGCGGCUUGCUGAGCGUGCUCAUGCCUCCCCCUCCGAGACCUCCUACACCCGCCCCGCAGGAGCCUGCACGGGUCGCGCCAGAACCGGCUGCUUCCAAGCUUGCCACCAAGCCAACGGAAGCAGCCAAGCCAGCGGAAGCAGCCAAGCCUGCAGAAGCAGCCAAGCCUGCAGAAGCAGCCAAGCCGGCCACAGCAGCCAAGCCCGUCACAGCCGCCGAGCCCGCCGAAGCAGCCAAGCCCGCUCUGGACGGCGCCGCCAACGGCGCUGCUCCUGCCGAUGACGAAGGCCCAGCCGGCGUGGACAGCAGCAAUGUUGUGCCACUCACCGUGGUGCCUCUGGCCGAGGACGGCAGCCCCGGGGGCCUGGCCAAGAAGCGCCGCAAGCGCAAGGGCGAGCUGACGGCGGCGGAGCAGGCGCGGUCGCAGCAGCAGCAGCGCCGCCUGGAGCAGCUGCGUGCCGAGGUGGCUGGGCUGCAGGGCAAGCAGCAGCAGCUGCACCAGCAGAUGAGCCGCAAGGCGCAGGCAAGCACCCGCACCGCACCUACGUGCCGUGAGGCACAGAAUGUGCGGCAGCAGCUUGCGGCCCAGGAGCAGACGGCCGCCCAGCUGCGGCAGGCCAAGGAGGACGCCGAGACGGCGGCGCUGGAGAUGCGGCGGCAGCUGGAGGCGGCGCAGGCCGCGGCGGCCGCCGCCAAGGAGCAGGCGGUCAAGGCGUCCAGGCAGGCUGACAGCAUCGAAGCCUACAAGCAGCAGCUCACGGAGGCCAAGGAGGCGGCCGAGGCGGCGGUGGCCCAGAUGCGGCAGCAGCUGGAGGCGGCGCAGGGGCAGAGCGGUAAGACCACGCAGCAGGCGGCCGACAUUGAGGCUUACAAGCAGCAGCUCAGCCAGGCGCUGGCUGACCUGGAGAGCGAGCGCCAGGAGCGCGACCAGCUGAAGCAGGAGGUGACCAGCGCGGAGCGUGCCGCGGCGAUUGCCAAGCAGCUGGCGGAGGAGGUGAAGGGGCAGCAGAGCAAGGUGGUGGACGCGCUGCAGAAGCAGAAGGCGGCUGCCGAGCAGCUGCAGGAGGAGCUGGACAAGGCCACCGCCGAGCGGGAGCAAGUGCAGGGCAGGCUGGCGACCGCAGAGGGCAAGGCCUCCACCCUCGAGUCCCAGCUGGCCGAGGCGGCUCAGGAGAUGGAGCGGCUGUCACAGCGGGCGGCGCUGCUGGAGGAGGAGCUGGCGUCUGCUCAGCGGGAGGAGGCGGACUUGGAGGAGGAGGAUUUGGCGCUGGCGCUGCAGCUGGAGGAGGCGCAGCGCGAGGCGGCCGAGGCGCGGGAGAUGGUGGCAGAGGAGCGCCGCCGCGUGGCGGAGCUGGAGGCAGCCAAGGCGGCGGCGGCCACGGUGCGGGCGGCGGCGGCCUGCGAGUCCAAGGAGCUGCAGGCGCAGCAGCGCCACCUGGCGCUCGAGAUGGAGGCGGUGAAGCUGGCGCAGGUGGAGGAGCAGAAGCUGCGCACGGCUGCCGAGGAGCAGCUGCAGGAGUCGCAGGAUCAGGUGGAGCUGCUGACUGCGGAGCUCAUGGAUGCGCAGGUGGCGGCGGACCAGCUGCUGCACCAGCUUGAGGAGGACCUGCAGAUGUACCUCAGCGGGGAGUGGGAGGAGGGCUUUGACGCGGCAGCGCACGAGGCGCAGGCCGACAAGGCCACCCAGCUGGCGGCGGUGCUGUCCACGGCGCAGCAGGAGGAGCUGCUGCUGGCGCACCAAGCCAAGGAGCUGGCCGCCAGGCUGGAGGCGGCGCAGCGCGAGUCGGCCACCGCCCAGGCGCAGGCGUCUGCCGCGCAGGGGCGCAUCACGGUGCUGGAGAAGGCGUGGAGCACCGCUCUCGAGGAGGCCAAGCAGCUGCAGACGCAGGUCGGGCGGCAGCAGGAGCUGCAGGAGGCGCUGGCGCAGUCUCACGAGGACACCGACAAGCUCCAAGAGGCGCUGGUGCAGUCGCUGGGCAAGGCACGGGAGCUGGCCUCCGCCCUCAGCGAGUCGCAGGAGGAGGCGUCCACCCUGGAGGAGCGGUUGGAGGCGGCCAGGGCGCAGGCGGAGAAUGCGGCCACGCAGGCGGCCGCCGCGCGCGGGCGCAUCGCAGUCCUGGAGCGCGCCUGGGCGGCGGCGCUGGAGGACGCCAAAGAGCUGGAGCUGGUGCGGAAUGAGAAGCUGCAGGCCGAGAGCGCGCUGGAGGUCUCUCGCCAGGAGGCCUCGGGCCUGGCUGCCCAGCUGGCCGAGGCCCAGAAGGAGGCGGCCGCGGCGGCAGAGGCCCGCGAGCAGGCGGCCGCCGAGCAGCAGCGCGCCAGCCGGCUGCAGCAGGAGCUGGCGGAGGCGCAGCGCGAGCAGCAGGAGCUGAGCGGCAGGGCGGCGGCGCUGGCGGCGCAGGUGGAGGAGGCGCGGCGGGAUGCGGCCAGCGCCAAGGCGGCCAUGGAGGCGGCCGCCUCCGAGCACAAGCGCUCUUCCGAGCUGGAGCACGAGGCCAGCACCCUGGCCGCCCAGCUGUCGGCGCAGCUGCUGGCGACCCGCAAGGACGCGGAGGCGGCGCAGCAGGCGUGGGAGGAGGCGGAGCAGGCAUCCCUGCGGUCGGCCAGGCUGGAGGCUGAGCUGGCGACGGCGCAGCGCGAGCAGCAGCAGCUCAGCGGCAAGGCCGCCGACCUGGUGGCCCAGCUGGAGGCGGCGCAGCGCGAGGCGGCGGCGGCGCAUGCCGCCGUGGAGGAGGCCGCGGCGCAGCACCGGCGCUCGAUUGAGCUGGAGCAGGAGGCGUCUGACAUGGCUGCCCAGCUGGCUGCCCAGCUGGUGGAGGCGCGCAAGGAGGCUGAGCUGGCGCGGGCCGCCAUGGACCACGCCGCCGCCGAGCAGCAGCGCGCCAAUGAGCUGGAGGCAGAGCUGCACGCCGUGCGCAGCACGCAGCGCGUGGACGCGCGCCAGCUCAGCGAGCUGGCCGCCGAGCUGGAGGAGGCGCGCAGGGAGGCUGCCGCUGCCAAGUCGUCGCAGGCCUCCACCGCCUGGCGCAACGCGCUGCUGGAGAAGUCCUGGGCCGCGGCUCUGGAGGACGCCAAGAUGCUGCAGCUGGAGAAGCGCAGCCUGGAGUCUGCUCUGGCGCACUCCCAGCGCGAGGCGUUUGCGCUGACCUCCCAGCUGGAGCGCGCCUCGGCGCUGACCAAGCAGCUGGAGCAGGCGCAGAGCGACGCCAAGGCGCAGGCGCUGGUGGCCUCCUCCGCCAAGGCCCGCAUCGCGCUCCUGGAGAAGGCCUGGACGGCGGCGCUGGAGGACGCCCGCCAGCUCAAGGCCGCCGGCGUGGCCACUCGGUGGUAG